AUGCCGUCAUUUCUGGCAGAGGACCCAGACCGCACCGCUUUCACCAGCUCAGGCUCCUCUUACAGCCAUGUCGGACGAAAAUCAGGAGACAGACCGUCGCCUUUUGACACAGUGCCUCCAGCGAAGGAGCAACCGAAUGGCGUGCUCCCCAAUGGCGUAAACGGUAGCAUACAUUCCUUGCCCAAUGGACGGCCCCCCUCCGAGCGAGACAGAACGGUCUCCCGAAAAUCCAGCUCUACGUCGAUAGCAACAGGUCGUAGCUCGGGUGUAGAGAACCAGGAGAAGAGAUCGGACAUAAGUGGUAUGAACGGCGUGGGCAGGUUGGCUACGAGGGAUGAAGGCUACUUCGCUACGAAGGGCACGGUCAAGGAGCAUCGCCUCUGCGCGACGGAAGUCAAGCUGGCUGCGCCUGUUGCCAAUGACGGCACGUUAGAACCGAAGCCAGUGCUAGUCUCACCCUCUGUCCCUCUAAGCACUGAAGCUUCCCAUUCGUCCAGUAAUGGCGGUGUCCCACAGCCGCCGCCUUCCAACCUAGCGGAGAGCUCUCUGCGCGUUCCCCGAUCACCACAUCGACUAUCCUCACCCCCCGCAUUCAUCCAUCCGCCCACUUCUGGGCUUGGACUCGCCCCUACCGCUUCUCACCAACACCCUGGGCGUCUACAACACCGUCAUACGCUCGAAGUGCCCAAAGUCUCGACCUCAUCACGCGCGUCCCGCGACCUGCCGAACAGCUCCGAAGACGUCGUCUCAGCUACCGGUCGAUUUUCUCCUAAUACUCCCACCAAACGGCGAGGGUCGAUGACGCUUGCGCGGCGCACCACUCGCUCCAUACACUCAGACAUGCACCUAGACGAGGUGCUGCAAGACGAAGAUGCAGCGCGAUGGACAGAGCACAUACGGCAGAAGCGGGCUAGUGCCAAACGCAAGAGGGAGGAAGAGAAGGACGAUGACCGGGUAGUCGUAGGCACGAAAGUGGACCAGAAUCACGUUAACUGGGUGACUGCGUAUAAUAUGCUGACUGGGAUACGGUUUACCGUGUCGAGAACAAACGCAAAGAUGGACAGGGAAUUAACAGAUGCGGACUUUAAGGCGCGGCACAAGUUCUCCUUUGACAUCACCGGCAACGAACUGACACCCUCGGCGAAAUACGACUUUAAGUUCAAGGACUACGCACCCUGGGUUUUCCGGCACUUGCGUGCGAACUUUGGGCUCGACCCUGCGGAUUACCUGAUGUCUCUCACCAGCAAGUACAUCCUUUCGGAGCUGGGAUCGCCAGGAAAGAGCGGAAGCUUUUUCUACUUCUCCAGGGAUUACAAGUACAUCAUCAAGACCAUCCAUCACGCCGAGCACAAGUUUUUAAGGAAAAUACUGCGAGACUACUACGAUCACGUUAGAGCCAAUCCGGACACCUUGUUGUCUCAAUUCUACGGCCUCCAUCGAGUGAAAAUACCCUACGGCCGCAAGAUCCACUUUGUGGUUAUGAAUAAUCUCUUCCCACCGCACCGAGACAUUCAUCGAACGUUCGACUUGAAAGGGUCGACGAUCGGCCGCGAUUUCAAGGAGGAGGAUCUGGAGAAGAACCCGCGAGCAACGCUGAAAGACCUGAACUGGUUACGGAGGAACCUUCACCUCGAGUUCGGUCCGACGAAGAAGAAGAUGUUUCUAGACCAAAUCAAUAAAGACGUAGAGCUACUCAAGCGACUCAAGAUCAUGGACUACUCGCUUCUCGUUGGGAUACACGACCUCGAGCGAGGCAAUGAAGAGAACCUACGAGACAAGACGCUGCAGGUCUUCCAGCCCGGCGGCGAAGAUGCAGACGACCCACCGCAGGCCAAUGUGUUGACGCGGACGCCGUCGAAGCUGGAAAACGCGCGGAAGGCAAAGGAGCUGCGGCAGAUUAUCAAAAGUCAGAAGCCGAUACCGCUGGACCAGAGCACAAGCCGCAUGCCGGACGAGGUCGAGCAGCAACCUAAUCGAUCGUACUUCUAUGCUGAUGAUGGCGGCUUUCGGGCUACUCAUGAAGACGACAGUCCAGGGGAGGAGAUCUACUACCUCGGCGUCAUCGACUGCCUGACCUACUACAGCCUCGUAAAACGCACCGAGCACUUCCUCAAAGGCCUCACAAACACCGAGUCCCAGAUCUCCGCCAUUCCGCCCCACCGCUACGGCGAGCGCUUCGUGCGCUUCAUCUCCGGCAUCACCAAAACCAGGGAGCGCGCCGAGCUCGAGAAGGCGGCCCAGGCCUCCGGCCAGGUCCUCGUCGACACCCAGGACGGCACCGUCAGCCUCUCCCCCAUCGACGACCCCAAGCUCGCGGGCAUCAACAUGCACCGCACCCCCACGGACCGCGUCAUGGAGAAGGCGGAGCGCCAGGCCGAGAAGAGUCGGCGGCACAUGCGGGGGAGCGAGGAGGACGUGCCCGAGCGCACGCUGGUGGCGGUCCGGAGUCCGAGUCUAGAGCGCGGGGAUGGGGUCGGGUAUUCGCUGCCGGUUGUCGAGGAGGCGGCGGAGUCGGCGAGCACGGGAGGGAGGAGCGGGGAGAGCAGAGAGAGGGAGCGCGAGACGCCACCACUGCCGCCGCUGCCGGCUGCGGAUGGCAAUGCCGAAGGAGGCGGGUUGCAGGGCCGCACGAGUAUGGGCCAGCAGCCGCCGCCGACGCCGCCCAAGGACGUGGGCGAGUGGGAUGCGAGUGAGAAGAGGCCGCGUACGCCGCCGAAGAACUUCGGUUAUAGGUCCUCGCAUGAGGCGCCGCCGACACCGCCGAAGGAUGAUAGGGGGAGGAAGAGGCAUAAGCUCCUGCCGCGGGACCCGCCGAUGACGGUCGUGGCGGAGGGGAUUACGAUGAGUCCGGACAGAGUGAAGGAAAGCAUGCGGGAGGGGGGAUUGAGGGUCGAUACGAGGGUAUCAAGGACGGUUGUUUGA